GGGGGCGUCGCAGCCUCGCGCCGGGUGGGAAGGGGCACGAGCGACGCGGCCCCGCGCCCGAGCCGCCCUCUUCCGGGGGCCGCGUCUCACUUCCCCGUGUCGCUUCCCAGCUCCGUGCCCCCCGUGCCGGGACAAGAGAGUCACCUGAGGUGGAACGGAAAAAAAUACGAGGACAUCCCCAUAGUCCACAUCCUCGCCACCUACAACAACACGCACAUCUGCAUCACCAACGCUCAAAACAUGCGACUUGUUCAUACUACUUGUGGCACUGAAGGGUUCAGAAAUGCCAAGAAGAGCACUUCUAUUGCAGCACAUACUGUAGGCAUUUCAGCAGCAGAGAAAGCCUGCAUGAAGGGUGUGUCCCACGUGCGAGUGGUAGUGAAAGGCCUGGGACCUGGGCGCUUGGCGGCCAUCCAGGGGUUGACCAUGGGGGGGUUGGAGAUCAUCUCCAUCACGGACAACACCCCGAUUCCACACAAUGGCUGCCGUCCCCGGAAGGCACGAAGAAUCUGAGACAGGAACGGAAGAGAAGCACUGAGCAGUGAUGGCUGGUGCAACGUGAACUGGUUCAAGGAUCUGCUUUUACAUCACAUCUUUGAAAGAUGUUUUCCCUGAAAGACCAGUAGAAUGGACAUGGGCCAGAGCAUUAGCCUGACAUUGGAAGCAAGAAUGUAUUUUACCUGCCUAGUGGGAAAACUUUUGUCUGUAAAAUUGGUAAAUUAAAAUGUUUGUCUUUCUGAUGGCCUCUC